AUGAAAGAACAGGACGUGGACUUCCGACACAUUUUAUUGUAUUACUUCCGAAAAGGCAAGAACGCAUCGCAAGCACAAAAGAAGUUAUGUGCCGUAUAUGGAGCUGAAGCCUUAAAAGAAAGGCAGUGUCGAAAUUGGUUUGAAAGAUUUCGUUCCGGUGAUUUUUCACUGAACAAUUCACAACGAUCUGGCCGCCCAGUCGAAGUGGAUGAAACCCAUAUCAAGGCCAUUAUCGAUUCAAAUCGUCACAGCACAACACGAGAUAUUGCAGAGAAGCUGCUCAAUGUGUCGCAUACAUGCAUUGAAAAAAUUAAAAACCCUUGGUUAUGUCAAGAAACUUGA